UUUUCCGCUGUAUACAACGAAAAAAAAAAAAAACACUCCGAGAGUUAAUUGGUUGAAAAGAGUCUGCGAGUGAAACAAACUUUUUUUAUUUAUUUGAAUACUCCUUGUUUUGAACUAUUUAGAAAUCAUUUUAAGGUUGUGUUCACCGAGUAUAUUAGUGUUUGAUUAAAAGUGUAAUGGAGAGUGUUUAUGAAGCCGAUGAACGUUUCUGGAUAUCCGAGAAGAUAAAGUUAUCUACAUUGUUGACCGAAUUUCGGGAACGUAUACGGAUAAAUGACCCAAUUGUUCCAUUUAAAGUGAGGUCAGAUAAAUUGAAAUGGGACUUGGCUUUCAAGCUUAUGGGACGCAAUGGUUCUAAGACAGAUUUUGAAGAAAUGAAGGAUUGUCGGCCGGAGCGACUCAUGCACCGGGAGCUCCUGAAGCCCAUGACGAACGUGCAGGAGGUGAAGAUGCGGCCGUGCCUGUUCAGCGGCAUGGGCGUGGUGGAGGAGGCCAAGAAGCUGCAGACUGUGGUGGGGCGCCUGGCUCGUGUCGCCGACUCCGACCUCAAGUACCGAGGCAACAUCCCCGUCGUGCGGCCGCCGAGGUCCAUGAGGCUGGACCUGCAGCCCCUGGACGAGAUGGUGGUGCACCUGCGGGUGUACCUGCCCUUCAGGCACUCCCGGGGGGACCGCGAGCUGCCGCGCUUCUCGCACGAGGUGGUGGCCCUGGGCCAGCACACGCUGGCGCACGUGCGCGACGUCGUCGAGUGCCGCAGCGACGACGUGGUGUGCCGCGAGGUCAGCACCACCCCCUUCGGGGCCGACCAGUCGCUCAAGAAGGCCAAGGCCAUCUACAGGUCGGGCUUCUUCUACAUCGAGUCCGUGUUCUACAACGACGGGCGGCACCCCUCCAGCCACGACAUCAGCGCGCAGACUAGGGAGUGGGCGCUGGAGCGAGGCCUGCCGCGCAUGGCGACCGCGCGCAUGGAGAGCACGCGCCUGUGCGACCUGUCCGUGCGGCUGGGCUACCCGUACGUGUACGUGCACCAGGGCGACUGCGAGCACCUCGUCGUCUUCUCCGUCGCACGACUGCUGCACUCGGACGACAACCUCUGCUCGGCCGCCUACCCGUUCGUCGCGCACGUGGGGCACAUCAAGGAGCGCUACUGCAACAUCUGCAACUCCCACGUGGCCAAGUGGGUGACAGUGGACAACGAGCACUGCCCCUACAACCCUGGCUACUUCUGCGAGAGCUGCUUCUUCUCCUUCAACUACGUGGACAGCCAGAAGGUGUGCGACUUCCGUGCCUACUGCAUCCGCAGCGUCUGCCCGCCGGCCAAGUGAGGCGUCCGCCCGGCGAGCAGGUCGCAGUCCGCUGGCGACGGUCGUCUUGCUGCUAGCUGCAGCGCCAUGCCGUCGGAGCAGUGGUGCGCCGACUGCCGUGCUGCAGUGCGUUACGUCGUGUUGUGCCUGCGUCACUCGCCACAGUCUGUUACCUCGAGUGACCCGGGAACGUCCACGACAGACUGUUACGUCGUCAGCGUGCAGUUCCUAGGAACAGUUUUGAACUUUUUGAUGAUCAUUGAUCAUCAAUUUGCUUUGUAUACCAGCAAGUUAUUUGUGCCAGUUAUGAAUUAUAGAAUUGUUUGUUUGUAACAUUCAACUAUAGCUAAAUGUUUAUUUGGAGGCAAUACGUUUAUUAAGUAUUAUUCCAGCCGAAACUCAAAAUUAUAAACUUAGGUUGAGCAUAUCACAAAUUUCAGUAUAGUUUUACAGUAUGUAUUUAUGUUAUUUAUAAAAAAAAGUACUUUAUAUUUUAUACUGUUUUAUAAAGUGAAUUCAAUAUUAACAUGGAUAGUGCUUAAAAUUGCAUGAAACGUUAGAGAAGCGAGUAAACUGUAAUUUUAAAUGUCAAACUGUAAUAAUAAUUUUUGUGUAUUAUUAGAUAAGUGUGAAUGGAUGCAGUGUCAGCCUUGUGAUCACAUUUCAAGUAUUAUUUCACAUAAAAAUUUUUUUUUGUUAUAUUUCUCAGUUAUUUUCUUUUAAAAAAAUUUGUAUUUGUCUUAUUGUUAUUAUUUUUUUCAUUUCUAUUGAAACUGGCUCUGGAUAGAAUGUAUUUUUCUUUUGAAAAUAAACAUUUUGAUUUGAAAAACCA